AUGCAAACAGCGAAGAUCAAGCAAAAUCCACCCCAUAAAGACUUUCAAACUAAAGAAAAGAAAACUAAAGGUUUGCCUGUAAAGAAAACUAAGAGAAAUGAACAUCAAGACCCGAAAGAUACAGACAAAGAAAAUUGCAUAGAAUGCUUGGAGAACUAUAAAAAUAUAAAAUCAAAAUCCGACUGGAUUCAGUGUGUAAUGUGCGAGAAGUGGCUACAUGAAACCUAUACACUAUUUUAA